AUGGUCGUCGCAAUCGUUACCGGGUCGUCGAGAGGAAUCGGGCGAGCAAUUGCCCUGCAACUCGCUGAUGAUGGCAUGGAUGUUGCUUUGAAUGACAUUGAGGCUCAGCUUCCGCAACUGCAAGCCGUCCAGGCCGAGAUUGAGCAAAAGGGACGCAAGACAUCCACGUUCGUCGCCGAUGUCAGUAACGAAGAACAAGUCGAGAAGAUGGUGGCCGACGUGGUGUCUGAGUUUGGUGAGCUGAAUGUCAUGGUGGCAAAUGCCGGGGUGCUCGUGCCAAAGUCGAUCAUGGAAGUCAGUGUGGCGGAAUGGGACAGGGUUCAAUCGACCUCAGGCCACAGCGUUGCAUACUCGACGAGCAAAUGGGCUGUCCGGGGACUGACGCAGUCGGCCGCACUGGAGUUUGCCAAAUACGAUAUCAACAUGUGGAAGCAGAUCGAUGCCAGCAUUGCGGAACGCGAAGGCCUCGAGCCGGGAGUGGCGUUUAAGAGAUCGAUCGAGUCACGAACGGCACUCAAGCGUGCGCAGGAACCCGCAGAUAUCGCCAACUUGGUCAGUUUCCUGGUCAGCAGCAAGGCGAGGAACAUUACCGGGCAGAGCGUCCUGUGCGACGGAGCCACUGUGUCUCGUGUUCUUGUCUCCAAAGAGGCUUUCCUGGCUAAUGUUGGACUGAGUAGGGAUUGCAUUCUCUUGAUCCAGGCCCGGAUCCAUGACACUCGGGAGACAGGGAGGGAGGGAGGACAGUGGAGCUGA